AUGUUAUCUUAUUAUCCUCGUCGUUUAUUUUUAAAUUUAUAUCGACAAAUAAUCUCAAUACAUUCUAUUAAAUCAUUAGAAAAUAUACAAAUUCGUCAUUUAAAUUUAACUGAUCAAACUAAACGAAAGAUUCUCUUAAGAAUCAAUACAGCACUUAAUGAAAAUGAGAAUGAAACUAAUACUGAUUCACAUACUUCUAAUAUAGCUUGUUUAAAUAAUGAAUUAAUUCUAUCUGAACGUAUGAUAAAAUUUCCAUUUCAUUAUCGAUGUAUACUUGAACAACAACUAUCAAUAUGUCAAGAUCGUUGGGUAACAGCUAAUGAAUGGAAACAAUUAUAUGAUAUUGUUGGUGAAACAACAAAACCUUUAUUUGCUUCAAUAACAAUGCUUAUUUGUGUACAAUUGAAACAUAUUGAACGUGGUCGAUCUUUAUUUCAAUUUAUUCAACAAAACCAUCCUGAUUUAUUAACAUCAACUGCAACAACUUAUUCAACUUAUAUGAAUUUACUAGCUUUAGAUUUUUUUAUUUCAUCUGGAAAAAAACAUGAACAAGAUUAUUCACCAUAUGAAGACGAAUUAUGUGAAAUCUAUCAAAAAUUUGUUAAAGAUAAAAAACCGGUUAUCAUAGCAUCAGCAGCUGCAUUAGGAAUAAUUAAAGGUUUAUGUGUAACUCAUCUUUGGCGUGAAGCAUAUACUUAUUUACCAUUUGUUAAUGAUGAUGAUCAACUACAAGCUAUACGAGAUCUUAUUCUUGCUGCUUUACAUAAUAAUGAUAUUGAUGCAGCAAUAAAAUUACUUCAAAAUCUAAAAACUCCACCACCUAGUGAUAGUGCUGCUGCAACAAUGUCAAGUACUUUAACUGAUAUUAUACGAGAUAUAUUUAGAAAUUUAGAUGAAAAUAAUAAAAAUGCUUAUGAAUUUAUUGAACAUUUAUUUCAUUAUUUAUCGACAUUAGAUUAUUUUAUUGAAAAAUCAGCUACCGAUGAAAUACAAACAUUUUUCGAUAAGUUAGUUCCAAAUAUAUAUGGUUAUGGUACAACACUUGUAUAUCCAAGUGGUGCUUGUAAACAAUUGCCUGGUUUUAAUUUAUCAAAUGGUGAAUUAACUGAUGAUGAUUUCAAUUUCUUACGAAAUUAUCUUAUGGAAAAUGCUUAUACAGAAAAGGAAGUUUUUAAUACUACAACACCAGCUGAAUUUGAAAGAUUUAAAGUACUUCUUGCUCGUAAUAAAUUUACGAUGAUUGUUGAUGGCUUGAAUAUACUUUAUGGUAUUGAUCGAUUUGCUACUGAUCCUGUUACUUCAAUGAUUAAGACAAUAAAUUUUCUUAAAAAUUUACAUGUAUCGAAAUCACAAAUGUUAUUUAUUGCACGUAAACAUGUAUUAUCUCGUAUACCAUUUGAUAUCCAGAAAGAUUUACGUUCAAUAUGUGAGAUUUUUCUAGUCGAUAAUACUUCUCGUGAUGAUUGGUUUGUUAUAUAUGCUGCAUUACAUUCAAAAGCUUAUGUUUUAACGUCAGAUAUAUUGAGAAAAGAACGUGGAAUAGCAAAUAAAUAUACACCAGCCAAAAAUGCUGAAGUCAAUGAUAAAUUACAAAAAUGGCUUUAUCGUUAUCAAUAUAUGUUUAUUCGACAAGGAAAUCGAGUUUAUUUUAAACAACCAAUGGCAUACAAGUUAAGAGCACAAUAUACACAAAAUGUAUGGUUUAUUCCAUAUUUCAAUAAAAAACCUGUAUCAUUAGCUCAACGGCCUGACAAUUGGUUCUUUCUUUAUAAUAUCUCAGAUAAUAAAAAAGCAGCAUCCGCAGUCAAACUAAAAUCAAAACCACAAACUAUCAUCAUUAAACAAUAA